AUGGCGAACCCGUUCAUCGAGCGACCCCUGGUCGACCGCCUGCUCGCCUCGCCCCUCGCCUUCUUCCUUCACCCCGUACACAUUCUACUCCUCCGUCUGCGCGGUCCUCCUCACCGGCCGUCUCAAUCCAGUCGACCGAUCCGCGUAGUCUGCAUCUCCGACACGCACACCCUCGAAUGGAAGGACGUGCCCGAGGGCGACCUCCUCAUCCACGCCGGCGACUUGAGCAACGAUGGCAGCGUGCGCGAAAUUCAGGCCGCCGUCAACUGGCUCAAGACGCUGCCUCAUGCACACAAGGUCGUCAUCGCAGGCAACCACGACAGCUACUUCGAUCCGCGCUCGCGACUUGACCAAGACCGCGACAAGUCGCUUGCCUCGGUCUCGGCGUCUACAGCGUCGAUACAGUCUAUAGAUGACUUUGAUAGUCAUCGCAUCGACUGGAGCCAGACCGACGCUGACGACAUCCACUACCUACAACAUUCAUCCGUGAGGCUAGCCUUCCCACCCCUGGAACCAGGCCAGUCAGCACGCUCCCUCAAAGUCUACGGCGCGCCCCAGAUCCCGACGCCCAUGGCCAUGGGUCCAGAACACGCAUUCACAUACCCGCCUCAGCAGGACGCAUGGACAGGCACCAUCCCGAUGGAGACCGACAUCCUCGUCACACACACCCCGCCCUACACCCACCGCGACCUCGGCCCCAGCUUCAGCAUCGGCUGUCCCUACCUCCUCAGCGAAGUGUGGCGCGUGCGACCUAUACUGCACGUUUUUGGGCAUGUGCAUUUCGCGCAUGGUUCAGAGCCGGUCUUCUGGGACGAGGCGCAAAGGGCGUGGGAGCGCAUAUCGACGCGGUGCUCGUCGCGUAGUGUGGCUGCUGCUAUUGGUUCAUCUCGUCGUCUGGGCUUUGUGUAUGACUUGCUGACGCCGCAGAACUGGGCUGAUGCGUUGCGCGUCCUGUUUUAUGGGUUUACGGGCAUCGUCUGGUCGCGUGUAUGGGGCGGGGUAGUCAAUCGUGGCGGCUGGUUGGUGAAUGCCGCUGCGAUGUAUAAGGAUACGGGGGUGUUGAGGAACGCGCCUCAAGUUUUUGUCUUGUAA